AGAAACCCCACGACACUGUACGAUAGUGACGGAUACUGAGCUAGCCUGUGAUUUGUUUACGCAGCUGCGGUUGACAGCGGCUCUGUUGGUGUGUGUCAGGCCUACUUCCGAAGUUAGCCCCACUAGUGACCACCGAAAACCACAGUGGAGUGUAAAAUCUGUGGGCUGGGAAUGCAUUGAGGAGACAAUGGAGACCACAGGCAGUGCCACUGAGGGCGAGCCUCUGAAGAGGGGAGAGGAUGGGGCAGAGGCAGGAAUGGCACCAUCAGCAACAGAGCUGAAGAAGAAGAGCUGUAAGGAAGUCUUGGGUUUUUCCAAACUGACCCACUGGCGAACUGCUGUCUUCUUCCUCUCCUUGUUCAUCUGCCUCACCAUAGUGUUUGCCUUCUCCUUCAUCAUCCCCUGUCCUGUCAGACCACAGUAUCUCAUUACCUGGAACAGGACUUUCCCUGAAGCAGCAACCUAUGAUUUCUUAGCUAUCGAAGAUGCAAGCAAGGACAAGGUGAUGGAUGUCCUGUUUGUCCUCAAAAACACAGAAGGCAGUCAGAACAAUACGUGUGCUGAUGCAGGGCUGCCCUCGCCGUGUGUGUUUGUGUUAGCAGUGGAUGGGACAGAUGGAGAGAGCCUGUGGGAGCGUGCGCUGGAUCCCGAGUUCCACUGGGCCCAGUGUGGUCUGGACAAAGACACAAGCAGAACCUGGGACUGUCUGGUGUCCCAUUCUGACCAACUCACAGCUGUUGACAAAUAUACUGGUGAUGUCAGUUGGCAGCAGCCUCAGCCUCCGGAUCGGCACAUCACUGUGCCUGUUCUAAGUGUCCCAGAUCUGGAUGGGGACAAGGUCGGCGAUGUGGCUCUAGUGUCAUCUGGCAACGCACAGACUCAGCUGGUAUUCCUCUCAGGGAAGACGGGUGUCCAGGUUGGUUCUUCAGUGGUUCUUGACUUCACAGAGACGGCCAAUCAUCUUCUCCAUCGCACUACAGAAGGGUCUCACUACAUACUACUACAAAAAGACACUGGUUUGUAUGGACUGUCACUGUGGAGCAUUGCUGCCAAGGCUAAAGCAGGGAUGGAGGUGGGACUCAAGAAGGAUAAACACUGGGAGAAGAUUGCCAGUGCAACAUCUGGCCUUGUACCCGUCUAUGAGUCUGACUCAGUGAAACAAGUUCUCAGAACAGGAGAUACAGACAACACACCCAACCUGCUGAUUGUGACUGGGAAGGAGGUGCUAUUAGUUGAUGGCAAAAAUUUGCAGUUACUGUGGAGAUUCAACACUAGCUCAGUCCUCAGUGAGCCCUCCUUUGGUCACUUUAACAAAGACUGGUUACUUGAUGUUGUGGUUGAGGAGGAUAUUGGCAACAACACAAAGAGGGUAAUAAUUCUUGAUGGGAAGUCCGGUGGUGUGCUGUGGGAAGUCAAGCUUUUGGCCAGUCCUAACUCACCGAGACCCGCCGCAAUCCAAACCACCAACUCCUUCUCGAUCUUCGUGUUUUGGGGCAUGAUGCCCUCGGAGACCAACUCAUCUAGACCAUUAACUAGUGACCGACGGUCCUACAUGCUCCAUCCUCUGUAUUCUAAAGUUCUCCUCGAGUCGACCAGUUUCAUCAACCACAUCAUAACAUUUAAAGCCACGCUAUUGGAGCGUGGACGCCAUGCUGCCUACAUCCUGCUGACAGGUCCUGCGACGGAGGGAGCCGAAGGCACCGUGGUCCUCAGCAAGCGCAAACUGAAGCAGGACGUCUCUUACAGCAAUGUACUCCGCAUUGGCACCAAUGGAGGUUCAGAGACCAAUGAGGACAUCAAAGAGGCCUUCAACCGCCUGCGCUUCAGCGAUUGGUGAAAUGACCAACUGUAACAUGUACAGUACAUCCUCAGUGUUCAAACCAUUUUGGCACAGCUGACUGUAUGGUGGCUUAACUUGACUCUAAAAACCAAAGUGUGUACACUAGCUAUGACUUUCCAACUGCUGGCUACCAAAAAAAAUUCCUUUAUGUUUAGAGACUUGGGUUUACUUGAUUUGACAGGGUUGUUCCCUUAAUCUUCUGGUCCAUAGAGCUACUUUUCCCUGACAAUCACACAGCACCGACUGCUGUUCUCCUGCUGAUAAAUCCAUAAAGAGGAUCUGCCUUGCUGUAUUUUUUCUAGCACUUCCAUGCAUCAAUGCAAAAGUCUUUUUUUAUUAUUACAGAGGCUGGAUUGUUAUUUGGAUCUAUGCAACUUUAUGUCGCACUGGACUUUAAAGUUAGCUGACGCAUGCCACAACAGGUGGUAGUUCCUGUGUAUUUCACAUUAUAGUUGCCUUAAAGGGAUGGAUACACAAC